CUUGGUACAACUAUUUCCGGUAACAGAUACGAGACAGCAAAAAUGUCUAAGCAUUCUUAGGUGCAGUUUUGAGGAACAAUAGGGAAUUAAUAAUGGAUUUGCUUGACAAGUUGAAGAGCACAGUCAGCAGUGCCCUACAAGUUAACAUCUUAGCCAAAGACUUUGAACUUGGACCUCAUGUAGCCAGUGGUGGACCUGGGUUGUCAUGGAAGAUAUAUGAUGCAGUGAAGAAAACAACCAAACAGGAAGCCUCUGUUUUUAUCUUUGAGAAAAAGUCCCUGGAGCGUUAUUCAAGAAAUGAUAAAGAAAAAAUCAUAGAGGUUUUGAAAAAAGGAUCUGCCCAGUUGACAAAGCUGAGACAUCCCAAGAUUUUAUCUGUCAUACAGCCUUUAGAAGAAUCUAGGGAAACUUUAUGCUUUGCAACCGAGCGGGUUUUUGCAAGUUUGGCUAAUUUAUUAGGCAACUCUGAGAACCUGCCCACACCACCUCCACCUGCCAUCAAGGAUCACAAGUUAUAUGAAGUUGAAAUUAAAUAUGGACUUUUACAGCUGACAGAAGGUUUGGCAUUUCUCCACAAUGACGCCAAGAUCCUACACAGAAACAUAUGCCCAGAUUCCAUUUAUAUCAACAAAGAUGGUGUUUGGAAGAUAGCAGGAUUCGACAUGUGUGUGACUAGCUCAAAUCCUCAAGAUCAGGCAGCAAUGUUCAACUUUGUGGAGUGGAACCCAGAUAUUCCCCCUAUGAUCCAGCCCAGACUGGAGUACCUGGCCCCAGAGUAUGGGAUUACCAUGACAUGUGACAGUACCAGUGACAUGUACUCAGUGGGCAUCCUCAUGUAUACUCUUUUUAACAAAGGCAGGCCUUUGUUUGAGUGUAGCAGUCAGUGGUCUGUGUAUAAAAAGAAUAUCAUUGAGCUUCGAGACCUGAAGAUCACAACGCUAGGCUGUGUUCCAGAAGAGGUGCGAGAACAUGUGAAGAUGUUGCUCAAUGUUGAACCAGCCCUGAGACCCGAUGCUGAUCAGUUAGUGAAGAUUCCAUUCUUUGAAGAUGUAGGCUGCAUGACUCUGCAGUAUUUAGACAACCUUUUUCAAAGAGACAAUCUGCAGAAGUCCCAUUUCUUCAAAGGAUUACCGAAGAUCAUUGCCAAAAUGCCAAAGCGCGUGUCACUCCAGCGUAUCCUUCCUUGUUUAUACAAGGAAGUGGUGAACCCUGAAAUGGUUCCAUUCCUCCUUCCCAGUAUUCUCCUGAUAGCUGAACAAGCCUCUGACCAGGAAUAUGUGAAGCACAUUCUACCACAGUUGAUUCCACUUUUUAAGAUCAAAGAACCUAUGCAGGUCACUUUGUUAUUCCUCCAAAACAUGAAUCUUCUGUUGAGCAAAACCCCAUCUGGUGAUAUUAAGGCUUAUGUUUUACCCAUGUUGUAUGGGGCAUUGGAGAAUAAUUCUCCACAGAUACAGGAACUGUGCCUCAACAUCCUUCCCACAUUUGCCAAUUUGAUUGAAUUUAGUUCUCUGAAGAAUGCAGUAAUGCCAAGAAUUAAGAAAACUACCUUAUCAACAUCUAGUUUAUCUGUACGUGUGAGCUGCCUGCUUUGUUUGGGCAAGCUGAUGGAAUACAUGGACAAGUGGACGGUCCUGGAUGACCUGUUGCCUAUGUUGCCUCAGAUCCCUUCCAAAGAACCUGCAGUAUUAAUGAGCGUUCUUGGCAUUUAUCAGGUUGCUUUGACCCAUAAGAAAUUGGGUAUUACUAAGGAAAUAUUGUCCCAUAAGGUUUUGCCUUUCAUCAUUCCACUUUCCAUGGAAAAUAGCCUCAAUCUUCAUCAGUUCAAUGCAUACAUGGGUGUAAUCAAAGAGAUGCUGUCCAGCAUUGAGAUGGAACAGAGGGCAAAACUGGAGCAGUUGAAUGCAAUGAAAGAAGAACAAAAAACCCUUCAGUUCAGUGAAAUGGAGCAAAAUGGACAAAGUACUGGAAGUGCUGGAGAUUUGAAACAGGAAUCUAUGAUGGAUAAAUUUAUCACUGGGUUCGGUCUGGGGAGCUUUUUCACUGGUAAAAGUGUUGCAAAGACUGAAGAUGUUCCAAGGUCCAAUAGUAGUAGUGCACAAUAUUCAUCUCCUCCAGUCUCCCAGGGUACCUCCAGUGCUGCCGCUGUACCUAAACACCAAGCUAAAGUGUCUUUGACAAUUGAAGAAAAACAGAGACUUGCUCGGGAACAAGAACAGCAACAGAGAUUUAAGUCACAAAAACCCUUGGUGGCUUCAGGAUCUGCUGGUAGUGUCUCUCAGUCUAGUGGCAAGGCACAGAGCAAGGACUUGACAGCAUCUCUACUGUCUUCAAAUUUAAGUGGCUUGCAGCAGGGCAAACCACAGACUUCAGCCUAUAGCAGUGCUCCAGGUCAAAAUUAUGGAUUUGGUCAAACUGCUCAAAAUACAAAUUACAGUGUUAGUAAUCAAGGUGUGAACCCAAAAUUAAGCAGUUUUGGAAUGUCUUCACCUGCUCAAUCAAGCAGUUAUGGGAAUUNCCAAAUAUGGCUAUUUUUAGCUAUAUUUGGGUACAUCCGCUCCUUAAUAUGGUCUAAACAAUUCAAUGCAUACAUGGGUGUGAUCAAAGAGAUGCUGUCCAGCAUUGAAAUGGAACAGAGGGCAAAACUGGAGCAGUUGAAUGCUAUGAAAGAAGAACAAAAAACCCUUCAGUUCAGUGAAAUGGAGCAAAAUGGACAAAGUACUGGAAGUGCUGGAGAUUUGAAACAGGAAUCUAUGAUGGAUAAAUUUAUCACUGGGUUCGGUCUGGGGAGCUUUUUCACUGGUAAAAGUGUUGCAAAGACUGAAGAUGUUCCAAGGUCCAAUAGUAGUAGUGCACAAUAUUCAUCUCCUCCAGUCUCCCAGGGUACCUCCAGUGCUGCCGCUGUACCCAAACACCAAGCUAAAGUGUCUUUGACAAUUGAAGAAAAACAGAGACUUGCUCGGGAACAAGAACAGCAACAGAGAUUUAAGUCACAAAAACCCUUGGUGGCUUCAGGAUCUGCUGGUAGUGUCUCUCAGUCUAGUGGCAAGGCACAGAGCAAGGACUUGACAGCAUCUCUACUGUCUUCAAAUUUAAGUGGCUUGCAGCAGGGCAAACCACAGACUUCAGCCUAUAGCAGUGCUCCAGGUCAAAAUUAUGGAUUUGGUCAAACUGCUCAAAAUACAAAUUACAGUGUUAGUAAUCAAGGUGUGAACCCAAAAUUAAGCAGUUUUGGAAUGUCUUCACCUGCUCAAUCAAGCAGUUAUGGGAAUUUUUCAUCAGUUUCACAGUCAGGAAGUUAUGGAAUGGGCAGUAUGGGGAUGGGCACUGCCCAGCCAAAAACUGCUAAUAUGUCUGCGUUUGAUAAUAUUUUGCCACUGCCAGCCAGUCAGCAAAAGAUACCAAUGAAUCAAAUGCAACAGCAGACAGGUGGGACAAUGAUGGGACAGCAAAACUUGAGUAUGCAGCAGGGAAUGAUGGGAAGAAGUAUGCAGCAGGGAAUGAUGGGACAGCAUAAUAUGCAGCAAGGAAUGUUGGGAAAUCAGAAUUAUAUGAGCUUCCAAGGCAACCAGACUGGAUUUACUCAGACUGGCAUGAUGGGGAAUGUUGGAAUGCAUCAGCCAUCUUCAAUGGGUUUCCAACAGCCUCCAAAACAAACAAGUCAGUUAUCUAAAACUGAUAUUGAUGACUUGUUGGGAUGAAUGAUUUUAAUAAUUGUUGCAUUUUCUUAUAAAUUAUUAUAAGAAAUUGAAAUCAACUGCUUCGCCUUAUGGAAAUUAUGUGCAAUAUCCAAGUUUUAUCGUUACAUUCAAGCAAUAUAUCAGUUUUUUAUCACUGAAGAAAGAAGUGAAAAACUAACCAAAUCUCUCUAACUGCAGUUUUGCUCAGUGACAUUGUUAUAUAUAACCUUUUGGGAUAGUGUGAUUUGGCAUUUUUAUCUGAAUGUAGCCAGCUUGUAGUUUUUAAAGCAUUACUUGUCUGCAACUUGACCAGAUGCUUUUUCUGUGAUAGAAGAAUUGGGGUGAAAAGAUUAUUGAAAUUUGUGCAUAAUCAAAUUAAUUUCUUUUGGUUGUAAUGGGGUUACUCUUUCAGGUUUUUGUAGCUGGAGGUCAGGUUGAUUUAGUUAGAAUGUGAAUUGCUUCUUUUCACCAGUUGAUGAACCCAACGCGUGCAUGUCCCAGUGUCUGUUCUUCUUGUCAGUUGCAAAUCAUGGCGAACAUGAUGUGCUUCAUUCAUAAAUAGUAUUCAGUUAUGGGUAGUUCUGAGACAAUGGUUUAUGUGGGGUAACAGAAUCUAACUGUUUAAAAAAAUUGUAUUAAAUUUUUUUUCAAAGCAUUCUGCCAGUGUUUGGGUUCUAGCUUAGCCUGAUCUACUGCAGGCAAUUUCUGGUUUCAAGUUCCAUCAUUUAAAUGCUUUUCAAAACUCUUCAAAAUGAAGUUUACA